GGUGGCGGUAAUGCAACAUUCAUUGGAUGCCAUCCACCGUUAAAUCUCAUCGAAGAAGGAAGUGACGAAAUCGUUUGUGCCGCUGGUUCUUUUCACACCGGCUGCACCGUUGUUACUCUGCACCGUUUUUGACAGUCAUCAAAGCGUGGAAUCAUCAUGGUGCUCGAUUUAGACCAAUUUCGAACCGAUAAAGGCGGUGAUCCUGAUGUAAUCAGAGAAACUCAAAGAAAAAGGUUCAAAGAUGUGUCACUUGUGGAUAAACUAGUACACGCAGACACAGAAUGGAGAAAAUGUCGUUUCACUGCCGACAACCUCAACAAGGCAAAGAAUUUAUGCAGCAAGACAGUUGGAGAGAAAAUGAAGAAGAGGGAGCCAGUUGGGGAUGAUGAUGAUUCUGUCCCAGACGACGCCCAGAACUUGGAGGCCCUAACGGCAGACACACUAUCGCCCCUCACGGUCACCCAGAUCAAGAAGGUCCGUCUGCUUGUAGAUGAGGCAGUGCAGAAAUCUGACGGUGAGAGGGUAAAGCUGGAGGAAGAGCGCUUUCAAUACCUGCGAGAGAUCGGCAACCUCCUGCAUCCAUCUGUGCCCAUCAGUAAUGAUGAGGAUGCUGAUAACAAAGUGGAGCGCACCUGGGGAGACUGUACUGUGCAGAAGAAGUAUUCCCACGUAGACCUGGUAGUCAUGAUCGAUGGCUACGACGGAGAGAAAGGAGCUAUAGUGGCUGGGAGCCGUGGCUACUUCCUCAAAGGGCCGCUAGUUUUCCUGGAGCAGGCAUUGAUCAAUUAUGCUCUGCGGAUGCUCCACAGCAAGAACUACCAAAUGCUCUACACCCCCUUCUUCAUGAGGAAAGAGGUCAUGCAGGAGGUGGCUCAGCUCAGCCAGUUUGAUGAUGAACUUUACAAGGUGAUUGGGAAGAGCAGUGAGAAAUCUGAGGAUGCAGCCAUAGAUGAGAAGUACCUGAUUGCCACCUCAGAGCAGCCCAUCGCAGCCUUCCUGAGAGACGAGUGGCUGAAGCCAGAGGAUCUGCCAAUGCGCUACGCCGGCCUCUCCACCUGCUUCAGACAGGAAGUGGGUUCCCACGGGCGUGACACCCGAGGCAUCUUCAGGGUGCACCAGUUUGAGAAGAUAGAGCAGUUUGUUUUUGCCUCUCCUCAUGACAACAAGUCCUGGGAGAUGAUGGAUGAGAUGAUUGGGACGGCUGAAGAGUUCUACCAGACACUAGGGAUCCCCUACCGCAUCAUCAACAUAGUCUCAGGUGCUCUGAACCAUGCAGCCAGUAAGAAGCUGGACUUGGAGGCCUGGUUCCCAGGCUCUGCAGCCUUCAGAGAGCUGGUCUCCUGCUCCAACUGUUUAGACUACCAGGCCCGUCGGCUGCGUAUCCGCUACGGACAGACCAAAAAGAUGAUGGACAAGACUGACUAUGUGCACAUGCUCAACGCAACCAUGUGUGCCACCACACGUGUAAUGUGUGCUAUCCUGGAGACGUACCAGACCGAAGAGGGUGUGGUCAUUCCAGAGGUACUCCGGAACUUCAUGCCUCCAGGUAUGACAGAGAUGCUGAAGUUUGUGAAGCCUGCGCCUAUUGACGUGGAGACGUCCAAGAAGCAGAAGAAGCAGCAGGAUGGAGGGAAGAAGAAGAAACAGGGAGGUGGAGACCAGCUCCAGAACCAAGUGGAGAACAUGUCUGUCAACGAUUCUUAGACACCAUCAUCAUUCCUAUCCUUAAGUUCCCGUCACUUAUUAUCACAGAGCCCUGUCCUACUGUAGAACCAGAGGACUUUGGAAAAGGGAAAGGCCAUUGGCGUUGUUAGGGAAACAGCUUGGGGGUAAUGUUGGGUCUGCUGCAUGCAAUUAUCGUCACUAAGAUCCAAACAAAGUCUAUCAAGUCUGAACUCUGGAAUUCUGUUAAAUUUCGUUUGAAGCAAACAUGCGACAUCUUGUAUAUAAGGUGCUUUAAGAAAUAGGGUUGCUUUGAUGUUCUGAACUCAAUUUUAAUUAUCUUAUUGCACAUCACCAUAAAUCGCACAUGUAAUCUGGACCCAUUUUUUUCCUACAUUGUUGCUUGCCUUGAGGUCAUUUGCUUCUAAUUACGUCUGUAUGUACUAUUGUAAGACGAGGCAUUGAUAAAGUGGUGCGCUGUAACGAUACAAAAUCUGAAUGACA